CCUUGAACUGAAAAGAUGGCUACCCACCCUGGGCCAUCCACUUCUUUCUCUCGGGAUGAUAAACCCAAUGACCACAGAAUCUCUACACAUUUCUCGCGGUCUUGUUCUGAAACUGAAAAAAAAUAAAUAAAUAAAAUUUCUCUCCUCCCUCGUCUAAGCAGCAUCGCUGGUUUCCCAUCUAAUAAAAUGACCAGUGUAAAAGCUAUAGCUGAAUCUCCAGGCCUCUCCUCAAUUCCAUCAGCUUACAAUUUUCAAAAAAAUCAAAAUGAUCAGCAAUUAUCUAUUUCAGACUCCUUACCGGAUUGUUCAAUUCCCAUCAUUGAUUUCUCUCUCCUUAUCUCUUCGUGUCCAGAACAACGGUCCAAGAUUAUCCACGACCUGGGCAAAGCCUGCCAACACUGGGGCUUCUUCGUGGUGAUAAAUCACGGUGUGCCAGAGAGUUUAAUGAAUUCAAUGAUUGAUACGUGCAAAAGAUUUUUCAAUCUUACUGAGGAGGAGAAGCGACAGUUUGAAGGAAAACAUGUGUUAGAUCCUAUAAGAUAUGGGACUAGUUUCAAUACUUCCGUUGAUAAGGUCUUCUUUUGGAGAGAUUUUUUAAAGGUAUUCGUGCAUCCUCAGUUUUACUCACCCACCAAGCCCUCUGAAUUCAGGGAGAUUGCAAUGGAGUACUGCAGAAGAAUCCGAGAAGUGGCGAGGGAAUUGCUCAGAGGAAUAUCUGAGAGCUUGGGGCUAGAAGCCAGCUAUAUCGACAAGACUCUAAGUCUGGAUUCAGGUUUCCAAAUCCUGACAGCAAACUUGUAUCCACCAUGUCCACAGCCUGAUCUUGCAAUGGGCAUGCCCCCUCAUUCUGACCAUGGCCUCCUCACCAUCCUUAUACAAAAUGAAAAUGGUGGUCUCCAAUUGCAACAUAAUGGCAACUGGGUUAAUGUCAAUGCCUCUUCCAACUCAUUUCUGGUCAACACUGGCGAUCAUAUUGAGAUUAUAAGUAAUGGGAAGUACAAAAGUGUUGUUCAUCGAGCGGUUGUGAACAACAUGAAAACGAGGAUAUCUUUAGCUGUGGCUCAUGGAUCAUCACUUGAGACAAUCGUUAGCCCAUCACAGGAGGUGAUUGACAACGAAAAUCAGCCACCGGCAUACAUUGGAAUGAAGUAUAAGGACUAUUUGGAACUUCAGCAAAGCAAUCAGCUUGAUAGUAAAUCUUGUUUAGAUCGAGUUCGGAUUUGAAUAUGAUGAAAUCUAGUAUAGUUGCCGGUUUUACAUGUGUGUUGAAAGAUUAAGAUGUUAUUAUUCUAACGCUAGCAGACUUCAAUAUGUUUUGAAGCAAACUUGUGAUAAAUUAUUAUCAUUCCAUAUUGUCAUUUUAGCAUAUGUAUAAAGAUCUAAUAAAAUAAACAUGUUAUCACA